AUGGCCGUUUCUAGGGUUUUCACUCUGCUGAUGGUGACACUUCUGGUUGUUUCCGCCGUCGCUCAGUCCCCCUCCGCCGCUCCGUCCCCUUCCCCCGUCGCACCAGCACCUUCCCCGAAGUCAAAGCCGCCGACUCCUAGCCGAUCCACAUCUCCGUCUCCUUCUCCCGUCGCCAAACUGUCGCCGCCAUCUCCGCCGCCGUCAACCCCCUCUCCAUCCCCCUCUCCGUCAAUCUCCUCUCCUCCGACCGGCGGUCCCGCUCCAGCGCCCGCUCCUAACGCCGCCGUUACUGAUAGAUUAGGUUUUGCAGCUGCCGCCGCUGGUUUCCUCGCCGUGGCUCUGGUGGCGUAA